AUAUCUAGAUCAAAAAGAGUAGCAAUCAGUUGUCUCUAGCCGCGGAAAAUUUAAUAGACAUUUUAUGAGAUAUGAUAUAUGAGAGUCAAAUGCGAGUUUAAAAUAUUGGACUGUAUUACAAGAAAUUUAAAGAACAAUGCCUUUCAUUUUGAGGAGAAAGAAGAAGAAGGAAAAGGUGGUUGGUCAGGAUUUGCCAAGAUGGAGUUCCGACUACAAUAUCAAUUACAAUUUAGAUUCCGGAGAUAAAACUAAACUUGUACGAUCUGCAACAUCGAUAGACAGAAUUGAAGAAAUGAAGAAUGAAAAUAAUUCUGUGGUGGAUAUUAAAAAUGCUAAUAGCAAGCAUAUUAAUUCAAAGAAGGUUACGAUUAAUUCAGAAUUCAGCAGUCAACUACCUUUAAGGAGAGAGUAAGUCAUUAUAUUUUCAUUGGUUUUUAUUUCCGAGAAGACUGAUAGGCUGAAUGAAAUUAAUCAAUCAUUAUUUGAAAGUUGUUUUAUUAAAUGUAUCUAUAUAUGUAUAUUAGACUGGAUACAUUUUUAUGGAAUAGCUGACAUUUUAAUGGUAUUUAAAUUUUUAUGAAUAGUAAAGAUGAACAAAUGUAUAUCUAAAUAAUAGUAAAACGCAACAAAAAAACACAGUAUAUUCAAUAAAGCACUAUUGUUCACCUAGAAAUGCUAUAAUUUUAUAUACAGUAUAUAUGUAUAUCUCUUAUUUUGCACUAUAUUCAUGUAUCUAUACAUGUGCUUUUUUGAACCACAUAUAUAUUUCAUAUAGUCUCCAUAUACAUUUUACUUGUUUUCGUAUUCAUUAAUAAAUUAUUCAUUUACCUCGUAAACUUCUAUAAAAGAGAAAAUUACAAUAUUCACCGUACCACUAUCGACUUUGAAAAUAAGAUAAUAUCAGUCGAAUUGAGAUCAAUAAGCUUGUACUUUACCAACAAACCGGAAAAGCUGCUUAAGGGUGGAAAAUUUUCAAUUUAUCUAUAAAUUUUACCUCUAUUAGUAAAUUACAAACUUACUUCAAUUAUUAGAACUUUUGUUUUCUUAUUUAUUUAUAUCAAUAGAGUUUUUACUGAUAAAGUUUUAUUUAAAACAAAAAAAUAUGACAAAUGUGUUAUCGAUAGAAGCAGUUAUCAAUUCAAGUAAUAAGGAAAGUAAAAAUAUUGCUAUAUGAAAGUACAAAGGAUUUUUAAACUACCUUUACGGAAGAAAAAAGGUAUACUUUUCCCCAAAACACGUACUCUGUUUGUUAUAUGUAAUGUUAGUAAUAUAAACGGAUUAUAUAAUAAUGACAUCUAAAACAGCAAAAAAUUACGAGAUAGCUUUUAACAUCUAUAAUUAAAAGUACAAAUCUAACUAAAUAUUAUAUAAUGAGCUAAACAUUUAAUCUCAUAUUAUUGAUAAUUGCUUCAACAUAAAAUUGGCGAGUGAUUAAGAUAUAGACUGAUAUGAUAGCGAUUUAGAAUACUUUAUGCCUAGAAAUAAUGUAAUUUUAAGGAUAAAAAAUAAAAGAACACGAUAUUAAUGUAUUUCAAUAGUGAAAUUUAUACUGCAAUGGCUAUAAACGUCGCUUUUCACUGAAAAGCACUUGGUGUGUAAACUUUCUGAUUGUUGAUACAAUUGAUUUACUGUUUCUAGUUAUUCCAUCGGUCAUUGUGUUAUUUUUUCUUUUCAUCAAUAACGACUUUGGAAGAGUGUACUAAUUUCGGAAAAUAUAAUCAAACUUAGCGAUAUAACCAUAUUUAUUGGUAGGCCUAUGACAAAGUGUAAUUCAAUCUGUAAGAGAUUCCAAAUAUUUUUUUUAAAGAUAUUUAAUAGGUUUUUAAAUAAUAAUACACGAGAGUGGAACAACUCGGUCAAAUCACUAGGUGUCCUCUAAGGUGCGUUUCACUGCCCUUCACCUAUUUGUCCUACUAUCUAAGCAAGAAUUAAUUACACCAUCUAUCGGAAUAAUAUUUAAUUAAAUGGAAAAAAACUAUAACUCUAUUAAAGAGUGCAACCAAUUUUGAAAAAUAACGACAAAGUAAUAAUAUUUAAGGAAUUAGUCUAGUAGCUCCAUAGAACCUUGCAAAAGGAAAAAAAUACUCAUGCAGAGAUAAUUAAUACAUGAAGCUUUCAAGCAGGCAAAAUCCAAAUUAAUCGAAAAUUUAGCACGAAAUUUUGCUAUGGAUAACACUCUCACUCAACACUCUUAAUAACCGUAUAAUUAGACAAUCUCCAUAACCAUUUUUACUUUGUUAUUUAUGGUACCUCUAUUGCUAACCCUACUAUGCAUAAUUUCCAAUUGGUUAGAUAUUAUUGUUUUAUUGUUUUCUUAAAGAGAUAUGUAUACUAUACAUACUGUACAGUUUAUAAUAUAUAUGUUUAGACAUGUAAGCAUGGUUAUCGUGGUACGAAUAAUGAAACUCUCCUCUAGAACAACAUAAUUGCUUAGAUUUAAAAGGAUAAAAUAAUCACGAAAUAUGAAAAAUAACAUCUGAAUAAACAUUACAUGACUUGAUUGAUAUUUUAUCAAUGUAGCUUUUCUUAUUCAAUGACAUCAUGCAGUAUAGCAUGUACAAAAUCUGAUUUUUAUAUCGAGAUAGUGUGCAAUAUUCAGCAUGUGAUGUUGCCCAAUAAAUAACUAUAUUCAAUGAGUAAAUUUAGUAUAAAAACGUAGUGUAAAAUAUUCUCUAUAUAAAGCCAUUGAGUGGCUAUAGGUAGUUGCCGGUAGUUUAGUAGAAAUCUUUUCUAGAGACAUAGGUCAGUAUGUUACAAGCAAACUUUUGUCGUUUUUUUUUUCUCAUACCACGUAAGCCUAAAUAGAUUACCUAUCAAAAAGAUUUGUACUGUUUUCUUUAAUUGUUACCUCAUUUACUAAUAUACUUGUGGAAAAAAAAACCUUUUAAUGAUGUAACAUCUGAAUAAUUAAAUUGAUUUUUGAUGUUCUUAGUACUCAGUGGAAAAGUAAUAAUUGUACCGCGAAGAAAGAGAGGAUACGUAGAAUUUAUAGGCUUAAGGAGUUUUUAGAUUAAAGAUAGAUUUUUCUUUACUGUGAAUUAUGAUUAUAAAGCUACAAUAAAGAUCAUGUUUUCAUAGCAUGAAAACACUCCUAAAACAUGGUUAAUAUUUUAUCGUAAAGAUACUACUAUUCAUAUUUUUAAACCAUUCAUCCUUGAUUUUGAUUCAAUUGUUGAGAAAAUAUAUAAACUGAAUGACUCCGGCCUAGAUAUAGAUACCUAUCAAUUCGGAACCACCCUCACCAGCUAAUCCUACAGCCAUCUGUCAGUCAGUAUCGAAUGAACAUUUGAAAGAUAUGAGUGAUAGUAAAUCAGCACUAACUGGCUUUGAACAACCUAGAGCUAUCCUCAAGAAAAUAUCUCGCCCAAAGCAUGAAAAAAAUGAUAAAUAUCAUAAAAUCUUUAAAAGAGUUCCGGCUGAUGAAAAUCUUAUUGAGCAUUUCUCAUGUGCCUAUUUUGGUGACAUUCUGCUUCAAGGCUGUUUGUAUAUAUCGGCUAAUUGGUUUUGCUUUUACUCUAAAAUCCUUGGUAGAGUAAAGUUGAUUGAAAUCCCUUUAGAAUCAGUUAUUGAAAUUACACGUAGGCGAACAGCAUUUGUUAUUCCAAACGCAAUAGGAAUAAGGACCAAACAAAAUAAAUACGUUUUUGGUUCUCUACUUUCAAGGGAUAAUACUUUUAAGUUAAUGAAUAACGUUUGGAGAUUGUUCAGUGCAAAUAGACCAAUUGUUCAACCUUCUCAAGGACUCGGUGAAAUAGAAGAUGAGGAAGAUAAGGAUAACGUUAUUGAAACUGGUGAUAAUGAGAAUGAUUCAGACGAAUCUUCAAAUAACUCUGGGAGGAGAAUGUGCCAUAAAAACAGAACCCCAAGUAUUAUUUUUAAAAGACAAUCAUGCUGCACUUCAGAGGUGAAAAUUGGAGACAGAAAGUCUGUUCAUCCUAUCUCAUUUUUGACAAGAAUCUGGCUGGGAAUUUGCUUCAUUCUAGUCAUAAUUUUAUCUCUUCUUGCCUUCUAUCAAACCCUGAAAGUAUUUGAUCUACAAACUAAACUUGAGCUAGGAACAGGUCAUUCCUACUCAUCUAUGAAGACCGACUAUGCUGUAAAUGUUCACAAUCUACGAGAGGUCUUAAAAUCUAAUGUAGAUGCCCUAAAAGCUAUAGGCGAUUCUAUUCAUUCAAUAACAGAAGAACAAACUGAAGAAUCAAACUCUUGAUUUCUUUCCUAAAUUCUAAAUUUAUGUCGCAAACUGAUUUAAAAAGUUAACUAACGUCAUACUGAUAAAUAGUUUCACAGCUAAAAGCAUUCACAACUUAAACCACAGUCUUUCUUAUGCAGUAAAUGUACAUUUGUCUGUGAUUUUUUUUAGCUCAAACUAGAUUAAAAAUGUUCAUGUGUCAUAAUAAGUGAAUCUUGAUAACUGAUAUAAAAUGGAGCAAAGGACUAUAAACGCACUGUAUUUUGCAAAUAGAUUUGUGAUAGUCGUUAAAUUGAAUCCUAUCCAGAAGACUGGUUCAGUAAAUUUAUUGAUAAAAACUAAUCUGCUUUAAGUUGGCAAAAAGGUUCCCAUAUUAUAAUUGAGUCAUUAAAAUACAGCUGAAAAAUUGUAUAAUCCUAACCUCAAAAUACAUUAUAUAUGCAAAUGAACUAUUUAUAUCGUAUUUUACGAGAUUACAAGAAUAGACUUUUCCUCGCCCCGUAUUUGCAUUGCCACUUAUUUUUGCUAUAGAUUUAGGAUAAGGAGAAAUAUCGUCAUACGUUAGAAAUUUACCUUCUUACAACAAUCUCUCGACAAUCCCAUUCCACAUCGAUAGUUUUCUUUAUUAGUCGCCUUAAAUAGAAUAGGCAACCUAUCUAUAGAACCUCGGUAUAUCCUAGGAAUGACG